GAGCGCCUGCAAAAACUCCCCUCAGGUGGCGCGACCCGACGCGAAAGGCUCAGCGAAAGGCUUAGUACGCUGGCCAUAGUGUUUAUUCUUUAGUAAACAUGAGUGAAAAUUCUGUGGUGGUCGACUUGUCACGCAAGAGCCCGUCUGCAACGACUGUAGCGCGCACACUCCAAGAGUUCAACAAGGAAGUGACGUCCAAAAACAACAGCAAAAUUCUUUCAACCGAGAAAUGGCAGUCUCUGGGGUCAAUUUUGGUCGGAGCAGCUUCGUGCUUGGAUGACAACAACGGGAUCAAGUCUAUUCAUAGACCACUCGUGGACACGUUUCGCUUCAUGCGCAAUGCAUGUGCUGGAAUCGUGGACAAUGUCAUUUCUGUUGUCAGUCAGCCAGCGUUGUUGAACAGUACAGUGCAGCUGGUGAGGCACUUCUCCGAAGGCCAAGCCAACGUUCCAGUCAAUGACAGUGCAGGAAUCGCCGCGCUGCAGUGCGGGCUUCAGUUCCUGGGCAACUUGGUGUCCUCCUGCGAUGAAGCCAAAGAACUCGUUUGGAAGGCAAUGUUUGUCCAGGACCCUUCCCUAUUCUCUAAAUUACUAGCGGACAAAGAUGCCAAAGUUCGCCUGCACUCCAGCAUGCUGCUCUACAACUGCCUGUCCCCUGAAAGAUGUCAAGCAUUGCUGGCAGACAUGAGCUCAUCUGUCACCAUUUCCUGCCUGACUGACAUGCUAGCCAGAGCUGACUCGGAAUGGAGUUUAUUCACAUUGGGCUUACUUGUACAAAAUGACUUCUUCCACCAUGUCUAUCCUGUGCUGGAUCUCAAGUCUCGGUGCGUGAUCUUAGACGUCAUCAUUGACAAAUUGGAUAAACUCGAGGCAGAAGGCGAGGACUCCAUAAUUUCAUCAUCGCUGCUCGAAUACCUGUGUGAGCACUUCAGGGGACGAGUCAUGGAUAUUGUGAAGACGGCACAGCCAGAGGCCAUGCACGAUGACCUGGAUCCUGUUGAAAUAAUCAAAGUGCUCGAACUCCUAUGCGCAGCAUCCAUUCAUCCAAGCUUUUCUAGCGUUCUGAAGGAAAAUGAAGCUCUACUUGAAAUGGUAGUAGAUAUCCUAAAGACCGUUCACUUCCUUGGAAAGGCAGAGAAAAAUGUCUUCAGCCCUGUUCAGCACAUCGAUGACUUGGCAGAAGCGCAGGAUGGCGCCUCAGAGUUGGCAGAGAAUCCAGUGUUUGGCUUCAAGAGGAAGCUUGUUCGUCUUAUCGGAAACCUGUGCCAUGCAUCCAGAAAGAACCAGGACUUGGUGAGGAAUAUGGAGGGUAUUCCGCUCAUCUUGGACGUCUGCAACUUAGAUGCUCGAAACCCAUACAUCAUACAGUGGGCCGUCCUCGCUGUGCGAAACCUCUUGGAAAACAAUCUGGAGAACCAGGCGAUCGUCGCUGGUCUAGUCAAGAAAGGAGUCGUCACGGACAGCCCGCUGCUUACGGAGAUGGGAGUCCGACUAGAGCGUGAUCCGUCAGCCAAGUCCUCUCAGUCAGUUGUUGGUCGGUUGAUCAGCGGAUCAUGGCUGGAAGUAGCGAGCUCAACGCGAGCACCUCGUGAGAGACUCGCGUGCUACUCAACUGUGAUAAUGUUACUGAGUGCAUUUUAUUUCCAGAGUUUGCUUGUCUGCGUUCCUCGGUGAAAGAGUCAGAAGGAGGUUGAUUAUGGCAGAACUUGGCUGCAUGUAUUAGAAGCAGCUGUUUAUCGAACACAGUUUUCUUUGGGCUUGUUUUUGAUAUCACGGAGGGUGCGUGUGCUUGAGUCUGUGAACACAAGCUCUACUUUCAAUAAACUUAACAUUUUCAAGAACACGUCACUGGUACUGUUCUGGGAUAGCCUGAAUAGCCUCAUCCUCAGAGUUGUAUUUGAGCAUGUCCAAUAUUGAAUAUUUAGCUUACUCAUUAAAAAUGCAAUGGGUGAGA